UUCAUGUGAAUCAGUUUAAACUUUAUACUUUGACCUUAGAUAAGUAAAUCGUUUAUUUUAUAAUAAAAUAUAUUACUAGUUCAUACACUUUUAGUUGAAUUUAUACAGCAACAUGAAGAGUCCACAUAUUUUAUUUUUUUUUUUAUUGUUAGAAUAUGAUGUAUUAUGUAUUGUCAAAAAUAUAAAUAUUGUAACAAAACCAACACCAAUAGAAGAAAAGUUGAAUUGGGCUGCUUUUAAUGAAAAUUAUAAUGGCGGACAAAGUAACGAGUUCAAAGGGACUAAUAAACAAUACCAAAAACAUUUAACUUCAUCGAUUCAUGAACAUAACAUACCAUCUUCGAGUAUUAACAAUGAGAAUUCUGCAGAGCCACCAUUAUGGGAUGGUGAAAACUGUCCUUCAAAAACAACUGGCAUUUUCCCUGUUACCCUGGAUUGUCGAAAAUUUCUUAAUUGCUUUAAAGGCCGAGGUUUUAUUCAAUCUUGUAGUCCAGGUACUUUAUUUAAUCCUGAAACUUUAGAAUGUGAUUUUCCUUCCAAAGUGCGAUGUUUAAAUGGAAAUCCGUCUAAAGUUGAUUCUUUGACUUUAAAUAAAAACCCCGACCAACAUUUUGAAACCAACACUCAGUCUAUGAAUAGAGGAAUUUCCCACAACAAUGAUACAAAUGUACCAUUAGACUAUGGAAAACGAGCUGGAGGUGGAACACCGCUAUAUGGUUCAGAUUUUGUUGUAAAUGGAUAUAAUCGAAGCCAAGACUCUUCAGGAUCCACACAGCCAUUUGUAAAUUAUAAAACAAACCUUAAUUCUAAAAAUAUUUAUGACGGUCAAGUGUUAAAUUCAAAUAAUCCAACUAAUACUGAACCAUUGAACAGUAACAUCAAUUAUCUUGCUUCAUUACAACAAAAGCCAUCAAGAUUAAAUAACAAUCAAUUUACUAGUCAAGGGCAAUCAAUACCUAAUUCAGACCUCUCAAAUAGCCAAUUUACCAAUCAGAAUCCUAUUUCAAUUGGGCAUCAAAAUAAUAUUGGUUCAUCUAAUAAUCCUGAAAGUAAUAAACAAUAUGAAAAUAAAAAUAUAUUUAGAGAAGAAAAAUAUAAUCAGCCUCAAAAUAAAGUACGUUUUUCAUUUCCAAAAGAAUUAUCAUAUCCCACUCAAAGAAACAAUAAUUUUAAUAAUGAGUAUACAAAUCCUGCACAGUUGAGUCCAAAUUCUUGGAUGCGUAACCAGCUUAAAGGAAAACAAGGAUCUACUCAAAAUGCAUACUCCCAUGUUUAUGAAAAAGAAUCAUUAAUUAACCCUGUACCUGAAAGUCAACUUUUAGAACCAGCAUCUAGUUUUGAUUUAGGAAACCAACAGCAAGUAGUUCAUAAUGAUGGUUAUGAUCCAAUAAUUGAGGAACAUAACAGUCACGGUUAUAAUCAGAAAGUACCGUUAUUUAACGCUCAUAAUUAUAACAAAGGCUUACCCAAUUCUGAUUAUCAACCAUCCACUCAAUUUGAACCAAUUGAACAAUUGCCAGACCAUGAAUUAUCUUCCAACAAAAAAUUCAAUUCCAAAACUGAUUCUGGAUAUGUUCAGUCAAACAAAUUUGAGCCUGUUGAUCAAUAUCAACCCUUACAUUUAACUUCUAAUAAUAGACGAUUCAAUGAUAAUUCAAAUGUUUAUCCGGUAAAUCCUCAACCUAAUACAUUUGAACAGCAACGUGGGUUUUCACACGUGUAUGAUGGACAAGUAAAUGGGAACUCAAAAACUGCAACUAAUCAGUUUCGAAUAAUUGUACCAAAUGUUACAGAACUAGAGCAACAACUAUUGCAAAAAUCUCCCCUCAAUAAAGACGCUGUUAAUAAUAGGUCUUCUAAUGGCAAAUUAUUGUUUAAUGAAAGUAAUGGAGAACAAUAUACCAAUCAAAACGAAUUUUCAACUAGAUUUUCAGAUAAAAAAUUUUCGUCAUCACAGGAUAUUCCAUCAACUGAUUCUACUAAAAUUAAAUGCCAAAAUGGGUUUAAUGGUAUUCAACUACAUCCGAAUGACUGUUCAAAGUUUUUAAGUUGUGCAAAUGGCAGAACAUUUGUAAUGGAUUGUGGCCCAGGAACAUUGUUUAAUCCUACAAUAUCAGUAUGUGAUCACCCCUAUAAUGUUCAAUGUAACAGAAUAAUUGAAACUACCACCACAGCCGAGAUAAACAACUAUAAUCCAGAUUUAGACGUAAGAGGAAUCUUUGAUCAAGAAGCUAUUAACGGUGAUUCUUUACCCCAAACAGAAAAUCCAGAAAACCAAGCAGUAUUAGAGACAUUACCAGCUGAAAAUAGGCAGCUUAAAAUAUUAAGGAAUCCAUCUUCUAUUGAUUUACUAGACAAUCAUUUAUCAAAUACUUCUAUUAUACACACCCCUAAUAAUGAUGUUAGCAAAAAAGUAGAAAAUAAUGUUUCAGUUAGAAUAGAUUUAAAACCCAAUAGUACUCAAUCAAUUAGAUUGAGAGGAGGAUUAAAACAUUUUGAAGGAUUUUUACAAGUACAGGAAAAACCUUUCCAAUGGGGUGUAGUUUGUGAUGAACCUAAUUCAUGGACAAUCGAUAAAGCUGAUAUUGUUUGUAGACAACUUGGAUUUAAUAGAGGAGCUGAACAAACGUGGCAAGGCUUAACAGUGACCACGGAUAAUCCUACUAAAUUAUUAAGAAUUAUAGGAGUUACAAAAGUGUCAUGCAAUGGUCAAGAAAGUGUAUUUCACAAUUGUAAACUACAAAAUGAUAAAACCUGCAAUGUAGAAAGGGAUGCUGUAUGGAUAAAAUGCCGUAUUAAUUCAGGAUCUCGAUGUCAACCUGAAGAAGUAACAUACGAUGACAAGUGCUAUAAGUUGUUUGUUCCAGUAUCGGAAAAACUUAAUAAAGGCCCUCAAGAUAUAGGUUUCAGCAAAGUUGAAGCAUUAGAACAUUGUCAAAAAAGAGGAGGAUCGCUUUUAGAUAUCAGCUCACAGAGAGAAAAUGAUUUUGUGUCUGAAUGGUUACUUAGACAAAAAUCUGAAGGUCCUAUAUUAACUUCAGGAGUUGGUGUGUCGGUUUUAGGAAAUCCUAUAUGGAUAUGGGAAGGAACAAAUAAUGCAUUUGUGUACCAAAAUUGGUGGCCUGGUUGGGAGUUUAAAAAACCUGGUUCUCCUGUAAUAAAAUCAAAUCGUGCUUUGUGUAUUGUUUUACAAAAAUCAUUUCCUUGUCCAUCAAAUCCGAACAGUACAAAAUUAUGCGAUUCUGAAUAUUAUCAUUGGGAAGCUAUAGAUUGUGGAACCAAAACAGAACGUUUAUCUUAUGUUUGUGAAAGAAAUGCAGAUGAUAUUGGUUGUAUAAAUGGUGCUGGUUCUGACUAUAAUGGUUCUGCUAAUACAACUGCUUCUGGUAACAAGUGUUUAUCAUGGGAUGAUGCUACCGUUUUGGCAGCAAUGAAAUAUAGAGUUUCUGAAAAAACUAGAAGAUCAAUGUUGACUAAGCAUAACAAAUGCAGAAAUCCCGAUGGGACUGACUUACAACCUUGGUGUUAUGUGCAAUCAUCAGUAGGACUAGUUCGAAGUGAAUUUUGUGAUAUUACUACCUGUAAUACAGCUUCUAAAUCAAUAAGUGUAGGUGUUAUAAAUCAAAAGACAAAAUGUGAUGCAAACUUUUUUGAAUGUCAGCCAAAUGAGUGUAUUAAUCAUGCAUGGGUCUGUGAUAAUCAAGCAGAUUGUAGCAAUGGCAAUGAUGAAAAAAACUGUUCCAACACUUUGGAUAAUUUUUCAAAAACUCCGGAAGCUCGUUUACAAAAUCAUGAAGUUGAAAAAUGGUUACACACAACAGUUUACACUUGUGCUAAUCGUUGCACUUUGGCAGAUGGCUUUGUUUGCCGAUCAUUUUCACAUAGUGAAGUUGAUCAAACAUGUGUACUAAGUGAUGGGGUGCAAAAUGAUACUUUAUCUUUGGAGCCACAUAAAGAUUGGGACUAUUAUGAAGCUAAUAACCCAGAAUGUUUAGGGAAAUUUGUUUGUGAUAAUGGAAAUUGUAUUGACAAACAAAAGGAAUGCGAUGGACAUAAUGAUUGUGGUGAUCGUAGUGAUGAAAGAAAUUGCACUAGCGCUAAAAAAAUGAUGGGAUAUGAAAUUAGAUUAGCUGGUGGUAAUUCUACUAAUGAAGGUCGUGUUGAAGUUAAAGUUCUUGGUGAAUGGGGCGUGAUUUGUGACGAUAAAUUUGAUAUGCGUGAAGCUGAUGUUAUAUGUCGAGAAUUAGGAUUUCCGUCUUCUGUGUCAGUUAAGUCAAAUUCUUUUUUUGGAAUACCUAACAAAACAAGAUUUGUAUUGGAUGACCUUGAAUGUCGAGGGGACGAAAAGUCGUUGUACUCUUGUCAAUUUAAGGAAUGGGGAAUUCAUGACUGUAAUGCUCAAGAGUCUGCUGGUGUGAUAUGUAGAACAGCUGGUGGAAAAAAUUGUUCCAGUGAAGAAUUUGAAUGUAAAUCAGGAGAAUGUAUACCCAUGAGGUUUAUAUGUGAUUCGUUUACAGACUGUACUGAUGGAUCAGAUGAAUCUCCUCAAAGAUGCAAUUCUCCUUUAGAAAUUCGAUUAGUUGGCGGUAAUGAACGUCGAGCUGGCCUCGAAGGUAGAGUUGAAGUUCGUCAGUAUGGUAUAUGGGGAACUGUGUGUGAUGAUGAUUUUGGCACAAAGGAGGCAUUUGUAAUUUGUAAUCAUUUAGGUUACAAGGGCCAUGCAGAAUUUAAAAAAGAUGCUGCAUUUGGACCGGGCCUAGGACAAAUUUGGUUAGAUCAGGUACGAUGUCUAGGUAAUGAAACAUCUAUAGAACACUGUUUUCAUGCCAAAUGGGGUCAACAUAAUUGUAAACAUGAUGAAGAUGUAUCUGUAAUAUGCCAUUUAGAUAGGAAGAAAAAGGACGAUAAUAUAUCUCCCAAAAAUGCAUCACACAAUGUAAAGACUUCGAAGGAAUACUUACCUACUCAGUGUGGCAAAAAAACCAUAUCCUUGCAAAUAAAUGUGAUACAAAAGAGGAUAUCAUCAGGUUUUACUUCUGAAAGAGGAUCCCAUCCUUGGCAAGCUAGCAUACGAUCAAAUACACCAGCAGGACAAAUGGAACAUGUAUGUGGAGCAGUGAUAAUUUCCAAAUUUCAUAUAUUAACAGCAGCUCACUGUGUGCGAGAUUUAGAUAAAGAUGCGUAUUAUGUACGAGUUGGGGACUAUGAUAUAGAUUUAAAAGAAGAUUCAGAACAAGACUUUUAUAUUGAUGAAAUAUAUAAUCAUGAACAAUUUGAGGAAGGAAGUAUAAAAUUAAACAAUGACAUAGCAGUCAUAAAAUUAAAAACAAACGGCAUACAAUUUAACCAAUAUGUACAACCUGUAUGUUUACCAUCAAAAAAUACAAAAUUAAAGCAUAAUUUGAACUGUACUAUAACAGGCUGGGGAUCUGAUGGAUCUAUUGGUUCAAGUUUUGCUAAAACUCUAAGAUGGGCCACAGUACCAAUAAUUGAGCCAAAAAUUUGUAAAGCAGAUUAUGUUUAUGGUAAGUUGACCAUAAGUGAUGGGAUGUUUUGUGCAGGAAAUUUAGAUGGUGGAGUAGAUGCAUGUCAAGGUGAUUCCGGUGGUCCACUAGUUUGCAAUACUGAUUCUGGUGAAACAGUUAUGGGCAUUACAAGCUGGGGCUAUGGCUGUGGAAGAGCAAAUAGCCCAGGCGUUUACUCAAAUAUAUCUUACUAUCAGCAAUGGCUUGAUAAAACAUUAUUGUAUUCAAUGACUGUAUAAUAACUAUUUUGUUUAUACUAAAAAAUAGAUUACAAUUUAAAACGCUAUACAUUUAUACAUAUAUUAGAUUAUAUAUAACUAGAUCAUAUUAAUAAUACUUGUUAAUUAUAUU